AUGCAGUUCACUCUCCUCGCCAUCUUCGCGGCCACCACUCUCGCAUCCCCCAUGAUGCCCUCCAAGCCUGGAUCCGCCGCCCCCAGACGACCCGUAGUCUUCGAAGACGUCUCCGAGUACGCUGCCAAGGGGCCCUCGCAUGAACUGAAGUGUCAUGUCAACAACGGCAUUGUCACCUUGGGAUCCAACACGGAGUUCGACUGCAAGACGAGGUUGUUCUGUAAUGGCGGUGCGCUUUCGUGGAAGCUGCCGGAGGGGGACGUGGUGGAUAGACAGGGGGAGAUGGCGAAGUUCAUGCCGUGUGCUGGUGUCUGCAAGUGCCUCCCCGCGGAAGAAAAGACUAUGAAGGCGAUGAAGGAGAAGAAGGUGGCAGCAUGA